AUGUUGCAGCCACGCGCUUUGCGCCCAACAGUCUCCCUAGCCAUCGCCCUCCUUGACCCAGCACUCUCGCCGUCGCUGCGUUUGAUAUACCCGGCCAUGCCCGGUUUCCGUAAGAUGUCUCGACCAGAUGUCUCUCCCCCUUUUUCGACGAAUCCUGUCCUCGAACGAACGCAGUCGCAAUGGUUGUUCACCCCAGACGAACUUCUCCUUUCGCCGAGUAUACUCGAGGGCAUGUCGGUCCCGCAAGAGUUGGCCAACAGGCAGAAGGGCGUUAACUUCAUCACACAAGUCGGUAUCAUGCUGAAGCUGCCUCAGUUGACCCUUGCCACGGCGUCCGUCUACCUGCAUCGAUUCUUCAUGCGUCAUGCCAUGGUUCAGAACAACAAACCGGGCCUGCAUCACUACUCAGUCGCGGCCACUGCCCUCUUUCUGGCGACCAAGGUCGAAGAAAACUACCGAAAAAUGAGGGAGUUGGUGGUGGCUUGUUGUCGGGUGGCUCAAAAACAACCCAACUUGGUGGUGGAUGAACAGAGCAAAGAAUACUGGAAAUGGCGAGACACAAUUCUGCAUAAUGAAGACCUCCUUCUGGAAGCUCUUUGCUUUGACCUGCAGUUGGAGCAACCCUAUCGUAUACUCCUGGAUUUCCUGCGCCUCUAUGGCGUCCAGGAGAACAAGCAUCUGCGGAACACUUCGUGGGCGUUUCUGAAUGAUUCGCUCGUCACUACAAUGUGCCUGCAACUUAGUCCGAGCGCGAUUGCAGGCAGCGCGUUGUACAUGGGUGUCAAGUUUGCCGGCAUCACUCUACCUGAUGAUGAACGAGGUAGACCAUGGUGGGACCAGCUGCGCCUCGAGAUCUUGGAUAUACAGCGAGGUUGCAACAUAAUGGCUGAAGUUUACGAGAAUCCUGCGUUACCACGACAAGGACAGAAAGACGCUUACACUAAGGAUGAGGACCUGUCCAUGUUUGAGAGGACUCGAAAUGCCGCGACUCCUCAACCCGACCGGUCACCCGGUGGCAGCGCUAGAAGUGGAAGUCAAGGAACCAAGCGUGAGAGGAAUGCCAUGGAUGAUCGAGGUUCCGGAGAAUGGGGGGCGAGUAUGGCAAGAGGACCGUCGACGGAGAAUCCAUCGCCUCCUUCACCUAAAAGAGCCCGCCUGGACUCUCAAGACGAGAAGCCCAAUCUGCCGGAGCGAGAUCGUCCGACGUCACGAAUUCCUUCAGGCGCGGGCGACGGAGCAAUACACACUGAACCAGAACACAGCGCUGAAGACGUCCGGAAACGAAUUGAUGAGAUUGUGGGCAGUUCAUCGGAACGUACGGCAAAUCUGCCUCGACGGCCCUCAAAUCUGCCUCCAGACUCCGGGAAUUCCACAAGACGACAAUCUUCGUCAGGAUCCAACCGGAGUGGUCCAACCCCAUCCUACAGCAACGGUCAUUUAGAUAGGCUACCUCCACAAAGCCGUCCGGACAGUCGGGACAACGGUGUGUAUAAUCAAAGCAAUCAGUUCGAGCUCUCAAGGCCCCCCCAUCAACCUCCUCCCACUCAGAACGAUGUUAGGCCACCGCCUCCCCCAGCGCCGAAUCAGAACGGUCGUGAUGAGCUUGACGAUGUGGUUGAUUAUGGAAGCGAAGAAGGCGAAGUGUGA